CGAUAUUUUUAAGGGAGGAAACAGACCGAGCUUAUGAACCAUAUUCCCACUUUGAUUCAAUAUCUAAAGAAAAUGCGAUGUCCAUGGCGGAUUAAAAGAGUUUGAACAAUAUACAAUCGGAUGAAACACUACGACAUGACUCUGCCGGAUGCCGUUUUGGCGUUUAAACUACUUGACACAGCCUGUCUUGAUGAGAACAGCAGGCAACUCGCUCUCACAGCGUGUGCAGAUUUAACAUUUGCAUCCAUGAAGUCCGCAUUAAAACGGAUUUUUGGAGGGAAAAGUACAGAAGCAAGUAAAAGCAGUGAUACACAAGAUGGAGUGUUUUUCACUAAUCAAAGAGCAGCAGGCAGAUUUAAGGGGAGCAGCAUUUCAUCACAGACCAGACAGCGGCAGCCGCAGCAAGGUACAAAUCCAGUUGAUAAACAUGGAAGAAGAACUAGAUGUGCCAUCUGCCAGAGCACCUACCAUUGGGCUAAAGAUUGUCCUCAUCGGAGAAAUGAUGUGAAAUUGACAGAAGAUGAAGAUGUGGAAGAAUGCAACAUUACAUUAUUCACUGAAGCAGCUAUGACGGAAUCAGAGAUUUUUCUAACUGAAUCACAAGGAUCAGCGAUCAUUGACACUGCAUGCACACGUACUGUUUGUGGUGAAAAAUGGUUGGAAAGUUACAUUAAAGACCUGAACCGGAGCCAAAUACACAAAAUGAUGCAAACAGAAUCUCAAAGUUGCAGACCCUUUAGGUUUGGAGAUGGCCAAGUUGUGUAUUCAAACAGAAAGGUAAAGCUCCCCGCAAAAAUUGGGCAAACAAAAUGCCACAUUGAAAGUGAAGUUGUGCCAGCUGAUAUUCCGUUGCUGCUGAGUAAAAUGUCUCUAAAGAGAGCAGGAACUGUUUUGGACAUGGAGAAUGACAGAGUUGUCAUGUUUAAGGAACAAAUACCCCUUGAGCUCACCAGUUCGGGACAUUAUUGUGUGGACAUCAGAGAUGAAACUGCAGAAGUGACCUAUAGUGAAGCUGAAAGUGAAGUUCUUGUUGUUACAGCAGAGAUGUCUCCAAAAGAGAAACAAAAAAUACUUCUGAAGCUUCACAAACAGUUUGGCCAUGCUUCUGCAGACAGGCUGCAGAGACUCAUUCAAAGCUCUGGAAAUAAUGACAAAGAUUGCCUGUCCAUUUUGCAGCAGAUCAUUCACGAGUGUGAGAUUUGUCAGAAACAUCAAAGGAGUAAACCCAAACCUGCUGUUGGUUUACCCAUGGCAUCAGAAUACAACGAGACCGUAGCAAUGGAUCUGCAUGAGCUGGAGCCAGGCGUUUGGUAUCUCCACAUCAUUGAUCACUUCACACGCUUCAGUGCAGGAAACAUCGUGAGAUCCAAGAAACCUUCAGAGAUCAUCAAUUCCUUCAUUCACUCAUGGAUAAGUGUUCAUGGUGCCCCGAAGCGGAUUUACACAGACAAUGGUGGAGAGUUCAACAAUGAGGAAGUCAGAAACAUGGCAGAAAGCUUCAACAUUGAAACAAAGACUACAGCGGGAUACAGUCCCUGGAGCAACGGGUUACUGGAGAGACACAACAUGACAUUAACUGAGAUUCUUCUGAAAGUAAGAAAAGAAAAUGGAUGUAGUUGGCAAACUGCUCUUGACUGGGCUCUUAUGGCAAAAAAUAGUAUGAUCAAUGUGCAUGGUUAUAGCCCACAUCAACUUGUGUUUGGUCAAAAUCCCAAUCUCCCUUCUGUUUUGGUUGAUAAACCACCUGCUCUCCAGGAUGUUUCCACGAAUACAAGAGUAGGGCAACACUUAGCAGUAUUACAUGCUUCCAGGAAAGCUUUCACUGAGGUAGAAUGCUCAGAAAGAAUAAGAAGGGCACUACGCAAACAGAUCAGACCCACUGAUGAGAAGUACGAGACAGGAGACAGAGUGUAUUAUAAACGAACAGACAGUAUUGAAUGGAAAGGUCCUGCUGUAGUCAUUGGUCAGGAUGGGGCUGUCGUGUUUAUAAGACAUGGUGGAAUUCUUGUCAGAGCUCAUCAGUCCAGGCUGAGAAAAGUUAAUGCACAGGAUGAAAAUCAACCGGAACAGCUCAGUGUUCCCGUUAAUGGGAAAGAAAAUGAAAGCACAGAAAAAGAUGUGACAGAAAACUCAGAAGAUGAAUCAGAUGUACAUGAAAACAUAGAAACAGACGAGACAGAAAACUUCAUGGAAAAUAAUGAUAAUACAGGCUCAGAGAAGGAUGCAACAACUGCUGCAUCUCCAACUGAAGUGAAACUGAAGACAGGUCAGAUCAUCACAUUCACAAACAGAGGUGAUGGCGUUCAGCACACAGCCAGGGUUUUAGGCAGAGCAGGGAAAGCCAAGGGACAGUACAAAAACUGGUACAAUGUGCAACAUCUUGAACCUGAUGGCAGUGAGGGACACACACAGGCGUUAGAUAUGUCUCAGUUUGACAAUCUUCACACUGAACAUGAAAACACAGAUUCUGAUGUACUGAUCACCAAAGAUGUUUCUUUUGAUGCUGCUAAAAAGCAAGAGUUUGAAAACUGGCGAAACAAUGGUGUUUAUGAAGAGGUUCCAGAUGAUGGUCAAAAAUGCAUCUCCACUAGAUGGGUGUGUACACUGAAAGAAACUACAAAUGGUAUUGUUCCCAAAGCUCGCCUUGUGGCCAGAGGUUUUGAAGAAUCAAACAUUCAUGAGUUACAAAAGGUGCUUCACCACUGUCUCUUCUGAAAGCACUAGAUGAGGGCCGAUGGGUACGUUAAGGGUUAUUUGCACCAUGUACUUUAUGUAUGCAACUGUUUAUUGUUUAAUGUUCAAAUGAGGACAAUAUAUAUAUAUGUAAGAUGGAGAUUGUUAACUUCCUGUGUUAGAGUGGAGGAUGCUGAAGACAGGCUUAGAUGGAGGAAACUGAUUCGCUGUGGCGACCCCUGAAGGGAAAAGCCGAAAGGAAAAGAAGAAGAAGAGGGAGAUUGUUAACUUCCUGUUGUAACUUUUCGCGAGACUCUGUUCUAUCGCGAGAUCUCGGCACUUUCGUUUUUUUGGGCGCGCUCUGCCCUGUGAUGGCAUGUGAUGAGCGGG